AUGGGCAAGAAAAAGGAGUUGGAAGUCAAGGAUAUCAAGAAGACAGAGCGUGCGGCAGUGGCAAGCGGGAAGGACACCCAGCUCAACAAGAACGUUUUAAAGCGGGAAAAGUCGAGUCAAGUUCAAAAAGUCGACUUUAGCUCGAUUCAUUAUCUUGACCAACCGGAUUGCGAAAACCUCGACGCUAUCCGAACAAGCCUCAUCGAAAAAGUCCAAGCAGCCAAGAGCGUCAACGAGCGAGUCCGGCGCGACUUGGAUUGUAUAAAUAGCCGGUGCAACAGUGAACGAAUUAAGUGCGUUCUAGACGAACUUAGCCGGCUUCAAGCACACUUCACCUUUUGGACCGAAUUUUUGACAGAAGGAAUUGACGGGGUUUUACAUCCACAGAUCGAAGAAGAAAAACCGAAGUCGCCUGAGUGGUUUAAGUUGAAUUAA